AUAACAUUUUAAUUCCUAUUUUAGGCCACGAAAACGGCAGGUAAGGACAAAUCCAAGAAUAUUAUGCGUGAUCUGCGGAUCCGCAAAUUAUGUCUAAAUAUCUGCGUUGGAGAAUCUGGUGAUAGGCUGACUCGCGCUGCAAAGGUGCUGGAACAGCUUACCGGUCAGACACCAGUUUACUCGAAAGCUCGUUACACGGUCCGUUCGUUCGGUAUCCGUCGUAACGAGAAGAUUGCCGUACACUGCACAGUACGUGGUGCCAAGGCCGAGGAAAUUCUUGAGCGUGGUUUGAAGGUGCGAGAAUACGAGUUGAGGCGGGACAAUUUCUCGCAAACUGGUAACUUUGGAUUCGGUAUUCAGGAGCACAUCGAUUUAGGUAUCAAGUACGAUCCGUCAAUCGGUAUCUACGGUUUGGAUUUCUACGUGGUACUUGGUCGUCCAGGAUACAACGUUGCGCAGAGAAAACGCAAAACUGGUAAAAUCGGAUUCAUCCACCGUCUCACCAAGGAAGACGCUAUGAAAUGGUUCCAGCAAAAGUAUGAUGGUAUAAUUCUGAACAGCAAAGCAAAGUAAAAUACUUUCCACCAUUCAAAGUUUUUACUGUCUUUGUAAUAAGCUUAUAUUAAAACAAAAAUAUGGAAAAAAUUUA